AUGAGGUUGAUUUUGGUCAAACCCACCAACGCAACUCGACGUCUUGACUCAACGGCCGAAGUUUUCCAUGAUGGGGACCACGAGCAUUGUACCUCAGGGGGUCCAGCUCCUCCGACAAAAACUCCUGAUGGGAUGCGUGAUCGAUACUCAGGCACCUCUGGGGAAGCAUCCUCUUCACUGCAGGAGACGAGUCCCGAAAGAUCUAACGGGAUCAGUCCAUCAAGAGAUUCAGCACAAAACCUAACCUUAUCACAGCUGAGCGAUCAGGACUGGCUGCUGCUUUGUGGCCAGUUCAGAGACCAAGAAGGUCGAAAGGAGCAGUUGCAGCAACAGCCUUGCAAUCAUUUUAAACCUAGAGACACCAACCAAGCAACUUUAUUCAACAUUCCUCUGAGCUCCAUUGAAUGUGCCGAGACAAAUCAGAAGCCUGCUGUCUCCGCAGACCUCAACUGGAGAGAGCUUUUCGGCAAAGAGCCUCUGUUAGGCCAGCAACGUCAAAAGCGAGACUCUCGCUGCUCGAUGAGUACUGAUCAGACUAGCAAGACACCUGGAGACCCCUCCAUCGUCCACAAGUGCCGUCAUCUCCCCUGCAACCCUUUAACCAGCACUGUGCAGAGGUCGUCUACUCCAGCUAGUAACAGAAGUGUGCAGUCCUUCACCACCAGCCAGUACAGCUCACUUGAGAACCAGGAUGUGGUGGCAGAAAGAGCCAGACAGCGACAAAGCCAGACAAACUCUCAGCAGCUCAGUGGAUCGAGGUUCUCCCUCCCCAAACACACUCCUCCACCAACUCAUGACAUCGGGAUCAACGGGAACGCAGUGCGACCGCUAAGCAGCCAUGGCACUCAAAGAUCCAGCCUUUCAGAUCUCCACUCAGGCCAACAGCCUCUCCAGCUCCUUCACAGUGCCAUCCUGGAGGACGCUUUUUCCAAAGUAAUCAGAGAAGAUUCCAGUAAGGCCAACAGUGAGAACCUGAGCAGGGAGGAAGGCAGCGUACCACGGAAGAAGACCAAGGACAUUAGCUACCGGCUGGGUCAGAGAAAAGUUCUCUUUGGGAAGCGCAAGCAGCUGAGCGACUACGCGUUGGUCUGUGGGAUGUUUGGCAUUAUUGUCAUGGUGAUCGAGACUGAGCUGUCGAGGGAAUUUUACACCAAGGAAUCCAUUUAUUCAUAUGUCCUGAAAGGUCUGAUCAGCCUCUCUACUGCCAUUCUUCUUGGACUCAUUGUGAUGUACCAUGCAAGGGAAAUCCAGCUCUUCAUGGUGGACAACGGAGCCGACGAUUGGAGGAUAGCAAUGACCUUUGAGCGGAUUCUCUUUGUAGCGUUCGAGCUCCUUAUCUGUGCCAUCCAUCCGAUCCCAGGUCAGUAUGUGUUCACCUGGACUGCUCGCCUGGCUUUCAGCUACACAGCAUCAGUGGCGGACGCUGACAUCGACAUCAUCCUCUCCGUGCCGAUGUUCCUGCGGCUCUACCUCAUCGGCCGGGUCAUGCUGCUCCACAGCAAGCUGUUCACCGACGCUUCCUCCCGCAGCAUCGGGGCGCUCAACAAGAUCAGCUUUGACACUCGUUUUGUCAUGAAGACUCUGAUGACCAUAUGCCCCGGCACAGUCCUGCUGGUCUUCAGUGUGUCCUGUUGGAUCAUCGCAGCGUGGACCGUGCGUGUGUGUGAGAGGUAUCACGAUGCUCAAGAGGUGACCAGUACAUUUCUCGGAGCAAUGUGGCUGGUCUCCAUCACCUUCCUGUCCAUCGGGUACGGCGACAUGGUCCCUCACACCUACUGUGGGAAGGGAGUUUGCCUGCUGACAGGAAUCAUGGGAGCCGGCUGCACAGCUUUAGUGGUCGCUGUUGUUGCAAGGAAGUCCGAACUCACCAGAGCCGAAAAGCACGUCCAUAACUUCAUGUUGGAUACUCAGCUGUACAAAAAGGUAAAAAACACAGCAGCCAAUGUGUUGAGGGAGACUUGGCUCAUUUACAAAAACACCAAGCUGGUCAAGAAGAUUGAUCAUGCCAGAGUACGCCACCAUCAGCGUAAAUUCCUGCAAGCCAUCCACCAACUGCGAAGAGUCAAAAUGGAGCAAAGGAAACUAACUGAUCAGGCCAAUACCGUUUGUGACCUUGCCAAGACCCAGAACAUGAUGUACGAUCUGGUGUUGGAGCUUCAACAUCGAAGUGAGGAGCUGGACAGGAGGAUUGUAGCUCUGGAAGAGAAACUGGAUUCCAUCCUUCUCAGUGUGCAGUCGCUUCCCGUUGUGCUUUCUCAAGCAAUAACAAAGCUACAAAAGGAUUUCCUGGACGACUUGGCCUGUCGCGUCCACUUCCUGUCAUCCUCCCUGAGCUCCGAGUGCUGUUCAGUCCCUGCCAGGCAGCUUUGUCCAGGACCCACCACACCAGAGACACCAUACAGCUCAUAGGCCUCACUCUGUGGCUUUCCUUGUAGUCUGGAAACUUUGUUCAUGCUGGGAAGGAUUUUCUCAACAUGCACACUCUUCUUUUAAGUAGCGCUCUGCUACACAUUUUUACAGUUACACAAAUAAACCCCUGGGAGUAAUAGCUCUUACUGAGCAGCCCAAAUGACAA